CUUUGCUACAGAGGCGGCUUUUGUCAAUACAAUUGCUUUCACUGCCUCACAUCACGUAGCUAUGAUUCUGGAAGUUCUCCGACAUCAGUGCAUCUACAACAUUUUAAUCUGUAGCUGUAUAUCCAGCAACACGAACGUCCAAGAUGUUUCUGAUAUGCUUUACUUUGAAGUCUCUCUGCUGCCAGACUAUACAAUCUGCAUUUCAUUCCAGCAUCCCACUGGAUCCAGUCUUUGUUCUGUUUCCAUUGAUGUUGUGAGCUCCAGGGACUUGAUAUGCAAGGCGUAUACCAACAAGUCAGAUCCCCCAUUUCCCUUUAGUGAUGAAAUCAUAACGAAAAUCAUGACACGUUGCAUAUCUAUACCCAUAACUAUACGAACUAUAUUUAAGAAGGCCAAAGAGAAAGUUGCAUAUGAGGCUGCCAUGUUCAGGGAUCCUUUUAAGCAGUUAGUACCACAGAUAUCAAAGGGCUUCUUAGAACAUGAUGGAGCUCAAGAGGCUAGACCAAGUUUUAGAAAGGACACAAACAAAGCUACUUCACCUAUUGCACGCCCUUACAUGGACACUGAGUUAAUCCAGGAUCCUAAACUGUACCCAGAGUGCAGUGACUCUCCCAAACCUUGUUCCACUAUUGUAGAAGGAACAGACUAUAUCAGUGCACAAGUUGAUUGUUCAGAAAUGGUUCAAUAUGACUCUCCAACAAGGCAACAGUCAUCUGAUGACAUCAGAGAGGAACAUAGUUCUGUUGCAGAGGAAUCUAGUCCAAUCAAGACAGCAAAUCCAAGUCCUUUUAUGACUGAAGGUCUUCCUCCUCAUGUGACACAGGAGACCAGUUUUGUGACGUCUGAAGAUACAAACUCUACUGAAAAGCUCAGUUCAAGUGUUCUAGAAGAGCUGAGUUCAAGCUUUCCAGGAGACCUUAAUAGCAGCAUUAAUGAAGAUGGCUCUUAGUGU